ACCACCUCCUCGCUCGGCCCCGCCUCACCGCCGCGACGCUCAAGGAGCCGGGCCCGGGCCGCUUCUCCCGAUCCCCCCUGCGCGUUGAGCCUGCGGAAGCAUGGAGGGGGAGAGUACGUCGGCGGUGCUCUCCGGCUUUGUGCUCGGCGCGCUCGCUUUCCAGCACCUCAACACCGACUCGGACACGGAAGGUUUUCUUCUUGGGGAAGUGAAAGGUGAAGCCAAGAAUAGUAUUACUGAUUCCCAAAUGGAUGAUGUUGAAGUUAUUUAUACAAUUGACAUCCAGAAAUAUAUUCCAUGCUAUCAGCUCUUUAGCUUUUAUAAUUCUUCUGGUGAACUAAAUGAGCAAGCACUGAAGAAAAUAUUAUCAAGUGUCAAAAAGGCUGUGGUUGGUUGGUACAAAUUCCGACGUCAUUCAGACCAGAUCAUGACAUUUAGAGAGAGACUGCUUCAUAAAAACUUACAGAAGCAUCUUUCAAGCCGGGAACUGGUUUUUCUGCUGUUAACACCAAGUAUAAUAACAGAAAGCUGCUCUACUCAUCGGCUGGAGCAUGCCUUAUAUAAACCUCAGAAGGGACUUUUUCACAGGAUACCAUUAGUGGUGGCCAAUCUAGGCAUGUCUGAACAACUGGGUUAUAAAACUGUAUCAGGUUCCUGUGAGUCCACUGGUUUUAGCCGAGCAAUAAAAACACACAGCUCUGAAUUUUUUAAAGAAGAUGGAUCUUUAAAGGAGGUACAUAAAAUAAAUGAAAUGUAUGCUUCUUUACAAGAGGAAUUAAAGAGUAUAUGCAAAAAAGUAGAACACAGUGAGCGAGCAGUAGAGAAACUACUAAAGGAUGUACACAGAUUGAAGUGGGAAAUUAAAAAAAGAAAACAGGCACAAAUUCAAGUAGCACGGGAGACCGUCGAAAAAGACCCUCAGGAGAACAUUUUUCUUUGCGAAGCUUUACGGACCUUUUUUCCAGAUUGCGAAUUUCUUCAUUCAUGUGUUAUCUCUUUGAAAAAUAGGCAUAUUUCUAAAAGUAGCUGUACUGCCAACCACCAUCUUGAUGUGAUAGACAACCUGACCUUAAUGGUAGAAUACACCGACAUUCCUGAAGCUAGUCCAGCUAGCAGUACACCGCAAAUGAUUAAACAUAAAGCUUUAGAUACUGAUGAUGGAUGGCAAUUCAAGAAGUCACGGCUGUUAGAGACACAAAACAAACCAUCUAAAACAGAUACUGAUAGUAGUAAUCAAGAAAAAGCAUAUACAUUGAGCAGCCCUGAAAUAGAUGAAGAGAUUGAAAAAAUGAAGGGUUCUGGUGAAUAUCCACAGUCUCCUACAUUUUGAUCUUUUUAGGCCAAAAGGAGAGCUUUGGCUGAAGGGUAAAGCCAGACAUUUAUAUUGUCUUUACUAUGUUCAACAAUUUGCAGUAAUACAUAAGUUCUAGUGCAUUUAUUUUUUAAAGCACUUUAUUUUAAAACCAUAACGUUUUUCUGCCCCCCACCUUUUGAAAGAUUUUAUUUUUAACUAAUCUCCUACACCCAGCAAGGAGCUUGAACUCACAACCCCAAGAUCAGGAGUCACACACUCCACUGACCAAGCCAGCCAGGUGCCCCUUUUACAAAACUGUUGAGGGAAAGACUUAAUUUAAGUAGAUGGUUCUUUUAAACUUAUAUAGCAUACUUUAGAAUUGGAAAAGAAAGACUAGCAUUAGAACACAAUAGAAGAAGAUGUCUAAAAAUAUGAAGAGGUAUUUCAUUUUUAUUUAAGUCAUUACAGUUUCUACUCCUUAAGUUAUAAGUGGCUAGGGUUGCCAGAUAAAAUGCUGGAAACAUGCAAUAUUAGGGACAUUCAUUAAAAAAUUAUUCAUUGGUUACCUGAAAUUCAAAUUUAAUUGCAUGUCCUAUAUUUUUAUUUGCUAAAUCUGGCAGUUCUGAUUAUGGCACAACUAAAACACAGCACAAAUAAUCUCUUCCUAGUCUAGAGUCCUCUACACAAAAUUGAGUGAAUCCAGUAUUUGAGUACAGGAGAAGUCUGGUAAUGGUGUGUCUGAGGUCAGUAGCUGGUCAAGUAGCUAAAAACACCAGUUAAAGUGGGAACCAAAAAUGGUGCAUAUGUGUAUAUAUAUUUGUAUAUACAUGUCUAUCGCAGAUUUCAUUUUAACAUAAAGUGGAGUUGUACAUUCAUUUUGUCAACCUUUUGUUGGACAAAAGGUAGGAACUUUUCUGUGAGUAUACUGGUGUUCCUAUAUAAGUCACAUCCAUUACUUAACUUUUAUAAUUCCCAGUUUUAGUUUCUUUAUAAAGAAUUUAAAGAAGCUUGCAAAGCAACGUAAGUACAAAAUGCUACUACUUUUUUUUUCCAUUUCACAGCAUCCUCCUACUUCCACCCUUCUUUAGUUGUCCUAACCACACCUAACUUGACAACUUUUUUUUUUUAAAUGUUUUAUUUUUGAGAGAGAAAGAGUGCGUGCACAUGAGCGGAGGAGGGGCAGAGAGAGGAAACACAGAAUCUGAAGCAGGCUCCAGGCUCUGAGUUGUCAGCACAGAGCCUGAUGUGGGUCUUGAAUUCAUGAACUACGAGAUCAUGACCUGAGCCGAAGUGGGACACUUAACUGACUGCACCACCCAGGCACCCUGACAACUGUUUUUAAAGCUAGUUAUCUUUAUAAGUUUUUGGAAAGCAUUUACUUAGUUUUCAUUGCAGUAACUUUUUAAUGCUCCUACUUCAUCAAUACAGUGACGAAACUGACACAGACUUGGGGAACAAAAUAGCUGACUCUUGGCAAUGUAGAACUCAACAGGUUUGAAGAAUUAUGGGCUUCAGUUUGAUAUUUGAGGAUGUAAAGCUCCAGUUUAAUCCAGUGAGCUGGUUAAAUGGAAGUUGCCUAAGAGAGCUUUUACUGUGUGUUUUAUUUCUUUUACAUAAUUGUGAGAAAUUUCCACAAGGCCUACACAUUAUAUGAAGCCUUCAUGUUUCACUCACUGGAUGAAAUGCUGAACACAAACUUUGAGCAUAGCUUUUCCAUCUGCUACUUCCUAGUGGCAGAACAAAUUCCUAGCUACUAUCAAAAUUAUCUUUUAUCUAUGUUAACAUGUAUUAGUUACCCACGGGGUGCUAAUGAAGCCCACAUAACAACUGAGAUGUUUUGUAUAAAGAGUUUCUGUUGGGGCUGUUUAACUGGUUACCUAAGAAGCACUGUGGUGUAACAACACAGGGCAGAGGGAGGGGAAAUAGGUUGGCAGUCUGAAACCUGACUUAAAAAUAACCACAAAUGGGGCAGGUGGGCAGCUGGGUGGCUCAGUCGGUUGAGUUUUUGACUCUUGAUUUUGGCUCAGGUCACGAUCCCAGGUUUGUGGGACCAAGCCCCGUGUUGGGCUCUGCACUGAGCGUGGAGACUGCUUAAGAUUCGCUUUCCCUCUGCCCCUCCCCACCCCACUCACACACACUAAAAUUAAAAUAACCACAAACAUCACUAGAGCAUAUAGAGCAUCACAUAGAACAUAAUGACUAAAUGCAGCCAACAAAUGAUUUGCUGGAGGUCACUGAGCACACAUCACCUACUUUACCUGCAUGCUGGACUGAGACAAAGGUUUCUCACCCCCUCCCAUCCUUGGAAUGUACACUUUGCCUACUGUUACCACAUUAGGAGUGUUCCAAGGACAUGGACUUGAGAAAGCUGUUAAGACCAUAUGGAUUGUGUGUGACUAAACCCAGUUAAGACCUCAAUAUAAACUUUUAAGACUCUUGACAGGCAGGUGCAGAGAUCUGUUUUUCUGAGAUCUGUCUUGUGGUCACCCAAGACCAGCUUUGUAAGUAAGUUCUCUUGCUUAUUUACUACGCUGCUACUUACCAGUCUGGAGUCAUCUGCCUCUUUAGUGUUUUCCUGCCCUCCAUGUACCAGUCUACUAAUCAACAGAUAAAACAAGCUAGACUAGGACCAGCAGAACCAAUAAGCAACCAACAUAUGCAAAUGUCUUAAGACAGUAACUAAAGAUUUUUCAGACUCCUUAAAAGAAACAGGCCUUCAUACAAAGUUCAGUUUCCUAAAGCACUAUAGAGAGGUAAUGUAUUUAGUUCAUACUUUGGCACAAUGAUCCAUCUUGAAGAAAGAAAUGCUAAACUUCCAGUCAUAGAGAAGCAUGCUAAGGUCAGUACCAGCUGAAUUCCCAUAAUUAAGUUUGAUGACCCACCUUUUGGUAUUAAAUGAAAAGAAGGAAAAGGGUCCUUCUAUAUCAUUUUCCCCCAGUUACUCUCAUCUUUUGGCAAUUAGUUACUAGACCAUUUGUUUAUGGAUCAUUUUAAAUUACGCUACCGGGACACCUGGGUGGCUCAGUUGGUUAAGUGUCCGACUUUGGCCCAGGUCAUGAUCUCACCAUCCAUGAGUUUGGGUCUUGUGUCGGGCUCUGUGCUAACAACCCUGAGCCUGGAGCCUGCUUUGGAUUCAGUGUCUUCCUCUCUCUCUCUGCCCCUCCCCCAUCCAUGCUCUGUCUCUUAUCUCUCAAAAGUAAGUAAAUGUUUAAAAAAAAAAAAAAAAAAGUACACUACAGUUUCAAGAUAGACUAGCCCAGGAAUAAAUGUUAGGGCCUAUGACUGCACCACUAACCAUUCCCACGUAACUAAUGUCUCUAUAAAGGGAACACCCACUGUCCUGGCCAGGCAUACUUAAAUAUUGGUAGUUAGAAAAUUUAAGCAAUUUCAAGUCUACACUCUGUCACAUGGAAUUUGGGCAUUAAUAAAAGCAUUCCACCUUGAUGCAACCAUAUGCCUAAAAUCCCAUUUACAAGACAAAAUCUGGGAUUAAAGUAAAAUUCCAAGUCCUCUAUUCCAUACUUAAAAUCCCACUAUGAGUUGUAUAUGGUAUGAGCUAAGUGGGGACCAGAUAAAAUGACAAUCCUACAGUACCAAUUUUUAAAGUUUGUAUGUAUGUAAAAUGUGAUGAGUAUUAACAUUUUAAAUAAUGUUUCUUUAAUGAGCAGCGGAAGCACUUUUUCCUUUUAAGAUCUCAAUUAUUAAGAAUUUAAAACUUACAAGCGUUUGGCAAGAUUUAGCCUAUUUUCUACUCAAAGAUUACUAAAUCUUCUAUUUUGAGUCAAUAUUAAAACCAUACAAGCAUUUAUUGUAAAAUACAUUUACUGAUGAUAAGACAUGUAAUUUACUCCCGAUACUUGAUGUUACAAACUUUAGGGUCUUUGAGAUAUGCAGGAUCCUUGUAUGUAACUGGCAUAAACCCUGUAAAAAAGAAUGAAAGUUCUUCACAAAAGAUAACGAGCAAAAACUUUCGAUUAGCCCAAUUCAGUUUUUCAGAUGCUCUUACCCAUUAUUUGAGCUCUCUUAAUUGCUUUCGUGAUUUCUUUCUGUUUCUUCCCACAAAGACCUAUGAAAGAAAUGCUUUCAUAUUCAUAAAAAAAUGUCAGCACUCAAAAUGCACAACAACUAUCUUAAGGAGAGGCUAGAAAACCUGUAAACAGCAAGGUAGUAAAUAUUUUAGGCUCUGUGGGCCAUACAGUGUCCUAAUUUAGUCUGAUGUAGUCACAAAGUGGCUAUAGACACUACGUAAAGUAAGCUAUUUACAAAAACAAGUGGUAGAUCCAACUUGGCCUAGAGGCAAUUGGCCCCAGGUUUAAAUAAAUAGGAAUGAUUAUAGUAUACUCCAAAACAUCAAUGCAAUUUUCUUAAGCCCUAAUUUUUUUUUACAUGUCCGCCUGUAGUUAGCUCUGAGCAUAAGAAGACAUGUAAAAUAAUAGCCCUUUUGGCCUACAAAGAGGCUUUCUCAAAGUACUGUCAUAUCUGGACUAAUAGUGAUUUAUAGCACAAUCUGAAUAUCUGCCAUUUUUCUUAAAUAACAAGUAGAUUUAUCUAAUUUUUAUAAGUUGCUAUAAUAGAAAACAAAAUACCUGUUAUGUGCCUUCCAUAAAUGCAUCCAGUAAAUGGAGAUACAAACUGGGACAAAAGCUGUUGUGAGUUUUAUUUGGAGAAGAAAAAAAAUUUAUAUCAAUACAUUUGUUCAACCUUGAUUGUGUAAAUUAAAAAAUGUAUAUAUCACUGUCAAGUUAUGUAAAGGCUUAAUUUCAGGCAAAAUUCAUUAAAUAAAAAUACUAUGUCCAUUCUA